AUGAGUGAGUGAUGAGAACAUUUAUAACGGCACAUUGCUGGUUAAUCAUACUCCAAGGACAGAAAAACUACACUUUCUCAGUCUUCUGAAAUGGUUGAUCAUUUGCAAGUUUCGCAACCUAACACAUUUUAAUUAUUUUGCUUUACCGUUUAGUUACGGCUUUGAGUUUUAACACCUUCCUGUGUGUAGAUCCCAAUAAUGUUGUCAGGUAGGAACAAAUGUCAAUGUCGGACUCCAUGGUAUCCUGUGGACAUCUUGAUCCCGUUAUUGACCAACAAUCAAAAAAGUGUAAGGCCACAGCCUGUAGGCCUAUUCAUAAAGCGUCUUAGAGUAGGAAUGCUGUUCUAUGAUCAGGUCCUCCCAGUCCAUGAAAUAUUCAGUAGGAUCUUUAAGCCACAACUGAACAUACAGUAGACCAGCACUCCUACUCUAAGAUGCUUUAUGAAUACAACCUCAGGGAUCAAGAAAGUGUAAGGAGGCCUGAACUAAUUAGCUAACUUGGCUAUGCAAAAUGUAUUUUUUUACUUCAUAGGUUUAUCAGGCAGUGAGCAGAGCACAAGGGCCAUGUAUUCUCUUGGAGGCAUCAUUGGAGUAAUGAAGCAAGGCCUGGAUUUAAAAAACCAUCUUAAGAAGACAGUUCUUCCAAUUGCCAUUUUUUCUUUAACUUUAUGCUAACCAGGGCCCGGUUUUCCAAAAGGAUCUUAAGGCUAAAUUAAUCGUUAGAACCUUCGUAGGAGCAUUGUUAAAUCUCUGAGCUGUUUCCCAAAACCAUUGUUUCUAAAGUUGCUCUUGAAGAAGCUUGUUAUUUAAUGACUGCCUCAGACCACUUGUAGAACAGCUAAGAUUGUUGUCGUUUUUGCCCUUCCGCGUCACUUUAUACUCAGAAGAUUUCCACUAAACAUAAAAUCAAGAUGUUUAUAUGUCUUUCUGUGACCGCCAAUAACUUCAGAACAAAUGUGAAUACAAAUACAAAGUUGCCAAUUUCUUUACAUUGUUACUAACCAGCGAAGGAUAAAAAUAUGAUUAAAUGAAAACCGAGAUGACUGUAUUAGAAAUAUAAAUACAGUGUAGGCUACAUACUGUAGAGCUAUUAUUUAAAUGACAUUACAAUCAAUUCCAUGUUCAUUCAGUUGAGUUUUAUUUAGCUAUUUCUAUGCUACUGUCUGUAAUUUCAAUAUAUUUCAAUCAAUAUAUUUCAUUAUGUGUAACGUGCACAAUGAUGUGCCAAAUCUCGAUUUAGUGCAUUAUAGGGUAAGCAUUAGAAUAAGCCGCCUCAAUAUUUGUAGCCAUAGGUGAUAAUAUCUCUCUAGGAUCUGAUGCCUCGUCAGAAUUGUGGAUUAAUUAUAAUGUUAGGUAAGAUAUGAAAGGUAGAAUGCUGAUCCGAGAGCAGCGCUGCCUUUCUUUCGAUCCAAUCAGUAUCGACUCAUGCCUUAACAACGCACUUAGGGAAUGUUUUCUCUGCAUGGUGUUUUGGGAAAUUAGUGUUACAUCUUCGGCCAUUGUAGGAAAAAUGCACCAUUAAAACAUUUGUAAGCCUAAAUUCAAUCGCUCUCGGGAAACCGGGCUCAGGUCUGUUUGACUUUGCUCCACCAGAAUCUACCAAAUGAUGACCCUUUUUGUCUUUCAUUCACUCUACGUAUCUCUGAAUGUCUCUUUUGUCCUUGUCUCACUCUGUUCACCAACAGUUUUCCAGCUGAGCCCCAGCCUGACCAGCGUGAUCCCGGAGAGCGGCCUCCUCAUUUGCAUCGGUUGGGUCCUGGGCGGCAUCAUCUACGGGGCAGACAAGGUGCAGACCUUCAGGCUGCAGCCCUUCACCUUCUUCUUCUACCUGCUGCCCCAGAUCGUCCUGGACGCGGGCUACUCCAUGCCUAACAAGCUGUUCUUCGGCAACUUGGGCGCCAUCCUGGUUUACGCUGUUAUUGGCACCUGCUGGAACGCUGCCACUUUGGGACUCGCCCUUUGGGGGUGCUGGUUGGGUGGGGCCAUGGGUAAGGCAGGCAACGUGUGCGUUCCUAUAGCACCCGAUUUCCUAUGCUAGUGUACUACUUUUGACCAGAGGGCCCUGGUCAAAAGUAAUGCACUAUAUAGGGAAUAGGGUGCCAUUUGGGACAGGCCCAACCAAAGCCUGAACUGACCACGGGUUCUUCUAUAGUUUUCAGAUGAUUGGAACUAGCAUUUGUGAGGUCCUCAGAGUUAAUGUGUAAGGUAGAUCAAAGGUCUGAGAUCAUAACACCUUUUACUCUGGGCCUCUGUAGGUGAUAUCAACACUGGUCUCCUGCAGUUGUUGUUGUUUGGGAGUCUGAUUGCUGCUGUGGACCCCGUGGCUGUGAUUGCCGUGUUUGAGGAGGUCCAUGUCAACGAAGUCCUGUACAUCCUGGUGUUUGGGGAGUCCCUUCUCAACGACGGCGUCACAGUGGUCAGUCUCACAAACUUGAUUAUCCUCAUUCAUCAUUAUUAGUUGCGUCCCAAAUUGCACCCUUUUCUCUAUAUCAGCCAUACACAAUAGGCGGUGUCAAUACGGACCGUGGGCCUCAAUUAUUUAUUUAUUUUUGGAACUCAGUCUGGCUUUCAACUUACUCUUGAAAUAUGUAAUAGUUGAAUACACAAGCUGCAAUUUCAUUAUUUGGCAGGGCAUCAGCAGUUUUAAUCUUGUUAUGUCAGUCAUUGCUGACCUUAAAGAGCUAUUUAUUACAGUUGAUCAACUAGCCGAUGUCAGCAUACGUUUUUAGCUAGGUUUUUCAGCCCAUUGAUUUUGUUGUAAUGUUUGAGUCCCUUAGAUAUCACAUGACCACACAUAAGACAUGGAAAAAUCUAUAGAAUUGCAGGAAAUUAGCUUUAAAUCUGCAUACUACGCCCAUUAUGACAAUCCGAUAAUGACAAUAUCCCUCUGGACCUUUGCCAUCCUAGGAAAUUUGUGAGGUUGGACCUUCUGAAAUAGCAUUUGAAUACCCCUGUCCUAUAUAGUGCACUACUUUUGAUCAGGGCCCGUAGGCCAUUUUGAUCAGGUUCCUUUCAGUUGGUAGCCUACAGUUUGUAUAAUUCCAUUUCAUUCCAUUUGCUUCCUCUGUAAACGCUUUCACGUCCGUGUCGUUAUUGCUGAGGAUAAUUUGUCAUAGUUGAUCAUAUUUAAUGUAAGAAAAUUGACAUGUAGGCUAAUUAAAUCAUUAUGGAGCGCAGACCAAGCUGUAACAGUUUGAACCUGACGCAUGGCGCGAUACUUGGCCAUAUCAUCCCACUGGGCACACCACGUCAUUUCAACGUGGACAUUUAGGUAAUAUUUGGUUGAGAUGUUGAUCAAUGAGAUUUCAACCACUAUUCACCCACUCAAAAAGACAGACGGAGUUUGUUGAAUUCCCAAUGUGUUACAACUAUUAUUUGAACCAUCUAAAAGCACAAGCACAUGCCAAUGGAAAAAAAAUAGUCAUCUAAAUAUGUCAUCACUGUGUUUCAGCCAUUUAAAAGCACAACAAAGUUAAAGUGUCUUUAUUUUUACCACAACUUAAUGUGUUAUCACUGUCCAAAUUACUUGGAUUGCAGUUGAGAUUAAUUUAAAAGUACAUAGUGCAAGUGAUCAAUGCUGUUCGAGAUUCUGCGCAGAUUAUUAUAGCAAAAAGAUCUGAAUCCUUUUCAUGCUACAGUACCUUCAGAAAGUAUUCAUACCCCUUGACUUAUUCCACAUUUUGUUGUGUUACAGCCUCAAUUCAAAAUACAGUAUGUAUUUUUCUCACCCAUCUACACACAAUACCCCAUAGUGACAAAGUAAAAACAUGUUUUUAGAAAUAUUUGCAAAUGCAUAAAUAUCUCAUUUACAUAAGUAUUCACACCCCUGAGUCAAUACUUUAUAGAAGCCUUUGGCGGCGGUUACAGCUGUGAGUCUUUUUGGGUAAGUCUCUAAGAUGCUUUAAACACCUGGAUUGUAUAAUAUUUGCCCAUUAUUCUUUUAACCCUUUGACACGAAUACACAGGUGUGAUUAUUCUACAGUGGUCCCUGCAGCGUACGCUCAAACCGGUGUGAUUAGAACACUUAUUUAGAAUGUCCAGUUACGAUUGACGCAACAGUCAGCGUUUGAGCUGGCCACAGAAACAUUUUGCACAAACAUAGUCUUUACAACGUUAUGUCCUCAAUGUGACCAGUUUAUUUUUGGAUGCAAUGUUCAGACAUUCACAGAAGUAACAAUUCUCAUCCAAACCGGAAAAUGUAGGCUACAUUAGUCGUAGUGCUAACUGAGGAAAGAGUGACCUAGCACAAGCGGUCAUAUUUAGCUAACUCUCGACUGACAGAAACCAUAAUAUGAAUUAGCUAAUAGCAAUUACUAUUUACAAUUCAACACAUCAUGGGUGACCUCACCAGUGAUCGAAAUAAUUGAGUAAAACACUUAUAUCGAAAGUAUUCCGACGAUGGGUAGUUUAUGCACGCAGCCAUGUUUAUUUUUUUGUGUCAACCAAAGAUGAUAAGAAGAGCUGACAAGAUGAGUUGAGUCUGUUUGCAGUAUGCAUGUUGAAGGGGGUGUGUCAUCUACCAUCAUUCACUUUCAUCAUUCACUUCCAGAAGUUUACUCGAAAGAAGAGUGAAUCAUCCCUGACAGACGUUUAUGUGACAACCAGAAUGCAUUGUAUGAUGUCAACAAACAUGGCGCCACACAUAGCUGGCAAUUAGCUUAGCAUUAGCUCAUCAUAAUCAGUACAACCUUCAAAAAAGUAUUUUACACACAUCAUAUGUGUCCAUUACAAUCGAUACAAGAAUCGGAAUGCAUGAUUCGUCAACAGUACUUGAAAACUUGAAUAAAAGUAAAUACAUAAUGCUCCAUACAUACAUACAGUGUGCUACAGUAGAAAUGACAACAUGAUAUACAGAAACUAUAAUGAUAGCGUAUAAGGCACUUUGAUAGGAACGCACACAAGUCCAAAGUUGUUAUCAGUAGUGAAGGCAAUGCGGGCGCCAGCCGGAAAAUGUGCCAGGGAGGAAAAAGUUUGUGCUUGGGCUCUCAUUGAAGAGAGAAGUGUGUCCUGCUCAGUAAUGCCUCAAAGUAAAUUGUCCGCAACAGUGAAAUGGGCUUCUUCUAUGUGAAUGAAUGAGGAGGCGGAACACACCUCAAUUCAAACUGUUGUUAAAAAAUAAAACUUGUUAGAAAAUAAUUUGAAAUUGACAUGUUGAACCAUAGCCUAUAGUUAAUUAGCAGGCAGAGUGCCUUGGUUUGAGGGCAGCGUGGGUUAACUGUCAUGUUACGUAACAAACAUAUUUUGGAACAGUAAGUGCAUUCUGACAUCACACACAUAAAAAAAUAAACUCACGCUGGGGCGACCGUUAGAGAUAUUUGUAACUCACACGUGAAAAGGUUAAAAUUCUUCAAGCUCUGUCAAGUUGAUUGUUGAUCAUUGUUAGACAGCCAUAGAUUUUAGAUAGUCUUGCCAUAGAUUUUCAUGUCGAUUUAAGUCAAAACUGUAACUAAGCCACUCAGGAACAUUCAAUGUCGUCUUAGUAAGCAACUCCAGUGUAGAUUUAAAAUCAAAUCAAAUGUUAUUUGCCACAUGCGCCGAAUACAACAGGUGUAGACCUUACAGUGAAAUGCUUACUUACAAGCCCUUCACCAACAAUGCAGUUGUUAAGUAAAAAAAGAGAUAAGUUAAAAAUAAUAAUAAUUAAAGAGCAGCAGUAAAAUAAAAUAACAGUAGGGAGGCUAUAUACAGGGGGUACUGGUACAGAGUCAAUGUGAGGGGGCACCGGUUAGUCGGGGUAAUUGAGGUAAUAUGUACAUGUGGGUAGAGUUAAAGUGACUAUGCAUAGAUAAUAAACAGAGUAACAGCAGCGUAAAAGUCUGGGAAGACAUGAUUAGCUGUUAAGAAGCCUUUUGGAGCUAGACUUGGGGCUACGGUAAUGGAGAGUACAGUCUAUGACUAGGGUGGCUGGAGACUGACUAUUUUUAGGGCCUUCCUCUGACACCGCCUGGUAUAGAGGUCCUGGAUGACAGGAAGCUUGGCCACAGUGAUGUACUGGGUGGAACGCACUACCCUCUGUAGUGCCUUGCGGACGGAGGCCGAGCAGUUGCCAUACCAGGCGGUGAUGCAACCAGUCAGGAUGCUCUCGAUGGUGCAGCUGUAUAACUUUUUGAGGAGCUGAGGACCCAUGCCAAAUGUUUUCAGUUUCCUGAGGGGGAAUAGGCUUUGUCGUGCCCUCUUCAUGACUGUCUUGGUGUGUUUGGACCAUGAUAGUUUGUUGGUGAUGUGGACACCAAGGAACUUGAAGCUCUCAACGUAUUCCACUACAGCCCCGUCGAUGAGAAUGGGGGCGUGCUCAGUCCUCUUUUUUUUCCUGUAGUCCACAAUAAUCUCCUUUGUCUUGAUCAUGUUGAGGGAAAAGUUGUUAUCUUGGCACCACACGGCCGGGUCUCUGACCUCCUCCCUAGAGGCUGUCUCAUCGUUUUUGGUGAUCAGGCCUACCACUGUUGUGUCGUCGGCAAACUUAAUGAUGGUGUUGGAGUCGUGCCUGGCCAUGCAAUCAUGGGUGAACAGGGAGUACAGGAAGGGACUGAGCACACACCCCUGAGGGGCUCCCGUGUUGAGGAUCAGCGUGGCAGAUGUGUUGUUACCUACCUUUACCACCUGGGGGCCGCCCGUCAGGAAGUCCAGGAUCCAGUUGCAGAGGGAGGUGUUUAGUCCAAGGGUCCUUAGCUUAGUAAUGAGCUUUGAGGGCACUAUGGUGUUGAACACUGAGCUGUAGUCAAUGACUAGCAUUCUCACGUAGGUGUUCCUCUUGUCCAGGUGGGAAAGGGCAGUGUGGAGUGCAAUAGAGAUUGCAUCAUCUGUGGAUCUGUUGGGGCGGUAUGCAAAUUGGAGUGGGUCUAUGGUUUCUGGGAUAAUGGUGUUGAUGUGAGCCAUGACCAGCCUUUCAAAGCACUUCAUGGCUACAGACGUGAGUGCUACGGGUCGGUAGUCAUUUAGGCAGGUUAUCUAAGUGUUCCUUGGGCACAGGGACUAUGGUGGGCUGUUGAAAAUGUUAGUGAAGAUGCUUGCCAGGUGGUCAGCGCAUGCUCGGAGUACACGUCCUGGUAAUCAUUCUGGCCCUGUAGCCUUGUGAAUGUUGACCUGCUCAAAAGUCUUACUCACAUCGGCUACGGAGAGCGUGAUCACAUAGUCAUCCGGAACAGCUGAUGCUCUCAUGCAUGCUUCAGUGUUGCUUGCCUCGAAGCGAGCACAGAAGUGAUUUAGCUUGUCUGGUAAACUCCUGUCACUGGGCAGCUCGCGGCUGUGCUUCCCCUUGUAGUCAGUAAUAGUUUGCAAGCCCUGCCACAUCCAACGAGCGUCGGAGCUGGUGUAGUACAAUUCAAUCUUAGUCCUGUAUUGACUCUUUGCCUGUAUGAUGGUUCGUCGGAGGGCAUCGCAGGAUUUCUUAUAAGCGUCCGGUUUAGAGUCCCGCUCCUGAAAGCGGCAGCUCUACCUUUUAGCUCAGUGUGGAUGUUGCCUGUAAUCCAUGGCUUCUGGUUGGGGUAUGUACGUACGGUCACUGUGGGGACGACAUCACCGAUGCACUUAUUGAUGAAGCCAGUGACUGAUGUGGUGUACUUCUCAAUGCCAUUGGAAGAAUACCAGAACAUAUUCCAGUCUGCGCUAGCAAAACAGUCCUGUAGCUUAGCAUCUGCGUCAUCUGACCACUUUCUUAUUAACUGAGUCACUGGUGCUUCCUGCUUUAGUUUUUGCUUAUAAGCAGGAAUCAGGAGGAUAUAAUUAUGGUCAGAUUUGCCAAAUGGAGGACGAGGGAGAGCUUUGUACCCGUCUCUGUGUGUGGAGUAAAGGUGGUCCAGAGUUUUUUUUCAUUUGGUUGCACAUUUAACAUGCUUGUAGAAAUGAGGUAGAAUGGAUUUAAGUUUCCCUGCAUUAAAGAUUUGGCCUUGUGUUUUAGGUUAUUGUCCUGCUGGAAAGGAUUUUGCCUGUAUUCUGUUUCUUUUUAUCCUAAAAAACUCCCUAGACCUUGCCGAUGACAAGACAACCCAUAAAAUUAUGCAGCCACCACCAUGAUUGAAAAUAUUAAGAGUGUACUGAGUGAUGUGUUGUGUUGGAUUUGCCCCAAACAGAACGCUUUGGAUUCAGAUUAAAAAGUUAAUUUCUUUGCCAUAUUUUUUUGCAGUAUUACUAAAGUGCCUUGUUGACAACAGGAUGCAUGUUUUGGAAAAAAUGUAUUCUGUACAGGGUUCCUGUCAUUUAGGUUAUUAUUGUGGAGUAAUUACAAUGUUGUUGAUCCAUCCUCAGUUCUCAUAUCACAACCAUUAAACUCGGUAACUUUCUUUCAAUCACCAUUGGCCUCUCUGAGCAGUUUCCUUCCUCUCCAGCAACUGAGUUAGGAAGGACACCUGUAUCUUUGUAGUGACUGGGUGUAUUGAUACACCAUCCAAACUUAAUUAAUAACUUCACCAUGCUCAAAGGGAUAUUCACCACCUGCUUUUUUAAAUUAUGAUUUUUUACACAUCUACCAAUCGGUUCCCUUAUUUGCAAGGCCUUGAAAAACCUCCCUGGUCUUUGUGGUUGAACGUGUGCUUGAAAUUCACUACUCGUUUGAGGGCCCUUACAGAUAAUUGUAUGUGUGGGGUACAGAGAUGGGGUAGUUAUUUAAAAAUCAUGUUAACCGCUAUUAUUGAGUCCACACAACUUAUUUUGCGAUUUGUUAAGCACAUUUUUACUCCUAAACUUAUUUAGGCUUGCCAUAACAAAGGGGUUGAAUAAUUAUUGACUCAAGACAUUUCAGCUUUGAAAUUGUAUUAUAAAUUAUAAUCUUUUUGACAAACUGGAAGCCAGUCUAAGUCAGUGGCACAGAAAUAUAGAUAUUUGGUUGUGUUGACAAUCAUAUAACAUUCAAUAUCACUUUUGCAAUACAGUAAAUAGUCUGUUAAGUCGUCGAUAAAUUAACCAAUGAUAUGUUGGAUUCACGUCUCCAUUUAAACCAAACAUUUAAAUAAAAAAAUAGGAUUAAGCCAGUCGCACAGAUACAGUGCAUUCGGAAAGUAUUCAGACCCCUUGACUUUUUCCACGUUUUGUUACGUUACAGAUGGAAGCCACUCCUCAGUAAAAGGCACAUGACAGCCCGCUUGUAGCGUCAUACCCAAGAAGACUUGAGGCUUUAAUCGCUGAGGUGCUGAGUAAAGGGUCUGAAUACUCUAAAAACCUGUUUUUGCUUUGUCAUUAUGGGGUAUUGUGUGUAGAUUGAUGAGUAAAAAAAAAGAUGAAUCUUAGAAUAAGGCUGUAACGUAACAAAAUGUGGAAAAAGUCAACUCCUUCAAAUGUUGAUAUUUGUUUGCGUUGACAACCAAAAACAAUUAAAUAUCCAGAUUGUCUUCAAUUUAAUAAAUCAUGUGUAGGAUUCACGUCUCUAUCUCAACCAAAAAUCGAAGUUAAAUCAAAUUAAACAAUAUAGUCCUAUUAUUUAACUUAGAUUUUUUGGGGGAUUGAGAUGAAGACGUGAAUAAAACAUAUUAAAAACAUACACUACAUGACCAAAAGUGCUCGUUGAAUGUCUCAUUCCAAAAUCAUGGGCAUUAAUAUGGAGUUGUUCCCUCCUUUGCUGCUAUAAACAGCCUCCACUCUUCUGUGAAGGCUUUCCACUAGAUGUUGGAACAUUGCUGCGGGGACUUGCUUCCAUUCAGCCACAAGAGCAUUAGUGAGGUCAGGCACGGAUGUUGGGAGAUUACUUGGAUUUGGCUGUUUCAGCCACACCCGUUGCUGACAGGUGUAUAAAAUCGAGCACACAGCCAUGCAAUCUCCAUAGACAAACAUUGGCAGUAGAAAAGCCUUACUGAAGAGCUCAGUGACUUUCAACGUGGCACCGUCAUAGGAUGCCACCUUUCCAACAAGUCAGUUCGUCAAAUUUCUGCCCUACUAGAGCUGACCCGGUCAACUGGAAGUGAUGUUAUUGUGAAGUGGACACUUAAAUUAUAUAUUUUUAAAUGUAGGUAUAUGAACACACUGGUAAUAGAUAAUUUGUUGUAUCACUGAGAAAAAGGGAAACAGUCUUCCAGCCUUGGAGAUCAUCCACUGCUCUAUACACAUUAACUGAAAUUAGGCUAACUAUUAGAAGUUUAGCAACCAUAGCUGUAGAUAGAUCAACUUUCCAGUAGGAGGUGCUGCCCGGCAUACACUUUUUUCUGAUAGUGGAUAUAAUGUUGAAGAUCUGACGUUGUUUCAAAGGUACAAAUUCAACAUAUUUUAUACAAGGUUUGUCUACGUUGAAAAUUGGUUACCAUGAUGACAUACUCCUGUGGUAGAAAAGUCACCCUCAAAUCAGCAGUUGCUGACUUUUUAUGAAUCCAAUGUAUUUUCCACGUAGACAUUUCCACGUAGACAUUUUCCACAUCACAAUUUGUUGACAAAUUACAUUGAACAUUAAUUCAACCUUUUUGUGCUCUGUGGGAUUGUAUUUAAGUAGAAGUAUUGCCCUCAAUUCAAUCUUUGCAACGCUGGUUGAAAUUAGAUGAAAAUAGUACUGCUUGAUGACUUUUUGCAAAUCUAAAUGUGUUUCAUAUGUAGAUUCCAUGUCACAAUACGUUGACAAAUUACGUUGAAACAAUGUUGAUUCAACCAGUUUGUGACCAGUGGGAUCACACAGUUCCAUGGUUAGGGCGGGCAAUAGGUCAGGGUAUACUACUGGACACUAUUCUCCAUAUUAUAUUUAUAUGUACACUAAUCUUCCAACUUUAUCAUGGGUUGAAGAACUGAAUGUGGCAAUUUUCUGAAUUAAUUAAAUCACAGUUUUUUUAUUGUGUGCGUAAGCCUAAGGUUAAUAAAAAUAUAUAUAUAUAUUUCACUCUUAAGUGUUUUUAAAUCUAAGCAUGGGUUCUGAAACAGAGAUAAAUAUGCAUAUGCAUCUUUCAUUCAUCUCCAUUCUGAACGCCUUCUCCAUAGGCUACAUUCUAAUGUUGUGCCAAUCAAAUUCAGUAUUUAAAGGGAUUGCUUUAGAUGAAUGAACCGAAAAACGAUUUGAAGAAAAACUCAUUGAGCAAAUUGGUAGGCCACCCAGUGGGUGUGUUUUCUGGGAUUUAAUUAAAUGUAUUCAGUGCGCGCAAGGGAGCCACCCACACAAACCUCAUUACACACGUGCGUAGGGUAAGUCUGAAUAUGCCCCUUGGUAAGGAAUAGGGUGCCAUUUGGGACACAGACUUAAUGUGUACACUACAGUUUUUUGCCAAACACAUUUACUUAACUUUUUGUAAUGUGUUAAAUAAGAAGUUUGUGGAGUUCCAAAUGUAAUGACAUUAAUCAUUGGAAACCUAAACCCGACAAAUAAAGUACAAAGGCAAUACACAAGACAAGGCACUUUGACUGAACUGCACCGGUCAGUCACAUGCUUUACUUGUCUGUUUGUAGGCCUACAUAACAACAUCAAUCACAUUCAAAUGAUUUAAGAAUACAAUUUUUAUCUAAUGGAUUAUAUUACACAAUUGAUUCAAUUAAUUGUAACACAUUAAAUAAUGUAAUGUUCAAUUGAUUUGGUUGCUUAACCUCCCCACCUCCUCAGUGACCGUUCAUCUUUAUUUCCAUGUUCCCUCAGGUGCUGUUCAAUGUGUUUAAUGCAUUUGUGUCGCUUGGAGGGGCACAAAUCAACGCUGUAGAGAUCAUCAAAGGCAUAAGUACGUAAGAGCGCCACACCUUGGCUACGUCCAAAAUGGCACCCUAUUCCUUAUAUAGUGCACUUCUUUUACAUUUGACAUUUUAGUCAUUUAGCAGAGCGACAUAGAGUAGUGAGUGCAUACAUUUUCAUACUUUUUUUGUACUUCUUUUGACCCUAUUCCUUAUAUAGUGCACUUAUUUUGACCAUGUUCCAUAGGGCUCUUGUCAAAAGUACUGCACUAUGUAUGGAAUAAGUGUUUGAUUCUCAGGCCAACAAAUGGAGCCCUGUCAGAUAGUCAAACGUGACAGCUUAUUGUGCCAACUUGAAGCAAACUGUAAGGGUAAUGCAACAAGCAAUAGAGUCUGUUUAACCCAGGGGUAGGCAACACUGGUCCUGGAGAGCGGUUUUUGAUUUAACCGACCUGGAAGACCAAGUAUGUUGAAUUUAGGCAAUCACUGAACUGAUCAAUUAGCUCAGUUGGUCAGGUGGGGUACCUAGUUGGGACAAAAUCCUACAGUACCUGCGGCUCUCCAGGAACAGGGUUGCAUACCGCUGGUCUAACUAACAUUUUAUGUUUUCAUGAAAUAAUUACUUUCUUUGUUCCCUCUCUAUGUCCUUCUGACUCUCUUCUUCCUCCUCUUUCUCUCUCUCUUUUUUAUCACCCUCCUCUGCUCUGUGUAGUCUCAUUCUUCGUGGUGGCGGUUGGAGGCUCCCUGAUUGGUGUCAUCUUUGCUGUGCUGAUCUCGCUCCUGACCAGAUGCACCAAGAACAUCCAGAUUAUCGAGCCAGGCUUCAUCUUCGUCCUGGGCUACCUCUCUUACCUCACAGCCGAGAUGCUCUCCCUAUCCGCUAUCCUG